AUGUCUGAAUCCAGUACCCAGGGAAAAGAUCAGGAAACUAGACAACUUGAGAGCCCACACGAACAGCAGCAGGCCCUGCUUCUUUCGCGAAUUAUCAACAAUAUCGAGAAACUCAAUGAGUCCGUAAUGGUCAUGAACAAAAGCCUCCAGGAGGUCAAUGUUCAGAACAUGAAUGUCGAGCUGGUGGCGCAAAUGUUCAAGAACUACCAGUCGAAUGUUCUAUUCCACCUAGAGGCAACGGAGAGUCUGAAGGACCCGUCAUAA